CGGCUGUGAGCUGGCAGGCGGAGGGCUGUCUCCCGCGCCCGCCUGCCCGGCGCGGUCCGAGGAUGCGGGGGGGCGAUGCCCGGGGCCAGGGACGCGCUCUGUCACCAAGCGCUGCAGCUGCUGGCCGAGCUCUGUGCCCGCGGGGCCCUGGAGCACGACAGCUGCCAAGAUUUCAUCUACCACCUGCGGGACCGUGCGAGACCUCGGCUCCGCGACCCAGAUAUCUCAGUGAGCCUGCUAACCCUCAUAGUCACUGCCUGUGGUCUCGCCCUCUUUGGCGUAUCUCUCUUCGUGUCUUGGAAACUCUGCUGGGUUCCAUGGCGAGAACGAGGCUUGUUCUCUGGUAGCAAAGACAACCAGGAGCCUCUAAACUGCACAGACACAGAGACCAAUGAACAGGAGAACAGUGAGGACUUCCUAGACCCACCCACGCCCUGCCCUGACUCCUCCAUGAAGAUCAGCCACACCUCCCCUGACAUUCCCCUCUCCACUCAGCCGGGAGUCCAGGAGAAUUGUGCCCAUGGCGUCCGGGUGCAGCGCCAAGUCACAGAGCCAACAUCGUCGGCUCGGCAUAAUUCAAUCCGAAGACAACUCAACCUGUCAAACCCGGACUUCAAUAUCCAGCAACUUCAAAAACAGGAGCAGUUGACUGGAAUUGGUAGAAUUAAACCAGAGUUAUAUAAGCAGAGGUCCUUGGAUAAUGAUGACGGGAGAAGGAAUAACAGCAAAGCUUGUGGGAAACUGAACUUCAUUUUAAAAUAUGACUGCGACUUAGAACAGCUCAUAGUAAAGAUUCACAAAGCUGUCAAUUUGCCCGCCAAGGAUUUUUCUGGAACUUCAGAUCCUUACGUCAAGAUCUACUUACUUCCUGAUCGGAAAACAAAACACCAGACUAAAGUUCACAGAAAGACCCUGAACCCGGUGUUUGAUGAAGUAUUUUUAUUUCCAGUUCCCUACAAUGACCUUGAAGCUCGGAAGCUUCACUUUUCUGUAUAUGACUUUGACAGGUUCUCUCGCCAUGACUUAAUCGGCCAAGUGGUGGUGGAUCAUUUCCUGGACUUGGCCGAUUUCCCCAGGGAGUGCAUCCUCUGGAAGGAUAUCGAGUAUGUCACCAAUGACAAUGUGGAUCUUGGAGAGCUGAUGUUUUCCCUCUGCUACCUUCCCACGGCUGGCAGGCUGACCAUUACCAUUAUAAAAGCAAGGAAUUUAAAGGCAAUGGACAUAACAGGGGCAUCAGAUCCUUACGUGAAAGUCUCCCUGAUGUGUGAUGGCAGGAGACUGAAGAAGAGAAAAACGUCCACCAAGAGGAACACGCUGAAUCCUGUUUACAACGAAGCCAUAGUCUUUGAUGUCCCUCCCGAGAAUAUUGACCAAAUCCAUUUAUCCAUUGCUGUCAUGGACUAUGACCGUGUAGGUCACAAUGAGAUCAUCGGCGUGUGUCAAGUAGGCAACGAAGCUGAGAGGCUGGGCAGAGAGCACUGGAGUGAAAUGCUGUCCUAUCCCAGGAAGCCUAUUGCACACUGGCACUCCCUAGUGGAGGUAAGAGCUACCCCCCUGUGCUUUACAUUGCAGAACAGUAAAUGCCUUGUGGAAUUGCAAAGACCCCAGCCUGCAUGA